AGAGGAAGAAGUCCAGAGACAGAGCACCAUGACUUCUGAGAGAGGUCCUUCCACUGGCGAUUUCACUCUGAGGAGAAGAAUUGAACCAUGGGAGUUUUCCAUCUCCUAUGACCCCAGAGAACUUUGUAAAGAGACCUGUCUGCUCUACGAAAUCAAGUGGGGCAUGAGCUGGAAGAUCUGGAGAAGUUCAGGCAAAAACACCACCAAUCACGUGGAAGUUAAUUUUAUAGAAAAAUUUACGUCAGAAAGGCAUUUUCACUCGUCUGUCAGCUGCUCCAUCACCUGGUUCCUGUCCUGGAGUCCCUGCUGGGAAUGCUCCCAGGCUAUAAGAGAGUUUCUGAGUCAGCACCCUGGUGUGACUUUGGUGAUUUAUGUAGCGAGGCUUUUUCAGCACAUGGAUCAACAAAACCGGCAAGGACUCAGGGAGCUCGUUAACAGUGGAGUCACUAUUCAGAUUAUGACAGCAUCAGAGUAUUAUCACUGCUGGAGGAAUUUUGUCAACUACCCACCUGGGGAAGAAGCUCACUGGCCACGACAUCCACCUCUGUGGAUGAUGCUGUAUGCACUGGAGCUGCACUGCAUAAUUCUAGGUCUUCCACCUUGUUUAAAGAUUUCAAGAAGAUGGCAAAAUCGACUUACAUUUUUCAGACUUCACCUUCAGAAUUGCCAUUACCAAAUGAUUCCACCACAAAUCCUUUUAGCGACAGGGCUGAUCCAGCCUUCUGUGACUUGGAGAUGAACAGAGUGAUUCCAUGUGUGUCCUGAUUCAAGAACAAGCAAUGAUGACCCACUAAAGGGUGAAUGCCAUAUGGAAUCUAGAAAUGCUCACAAGGUACCCCAAAACUCUGUAGCUUAAACCAACAAUAAAUGCGUAUUAUCUCU